UCCUCGAAAGAUUUUUGGAACUUUUGCCCGAAAUUAGAGUUCCUGAAGCACACAACUACCCAUGCUGCUGCUUAUACUCAGCUGGAGGACGGUCAGUGGCUCACUGAUUUGGCUUUUCUCACAGAUGUCACCAAUAAGAUCAAUGACUUGAAUCUCGAGCUGCAGGGGAAAGGAAAGCACAUCGCCAACAUGAUCAGUUCAGUGAACACCUUUAAAACGAAGUUGCGCCUGCUGUUACGCAGGUUGCAACAGUGUGAUGUCAGGAACUUUCCGCACUUGGAGGCUGAGCUCCGCCGUCAGGGCAAAGACAGUGUGGAACUUGCUCGUUAUGAGCAACAGAUCCAAAACAUUCUUUUGGAGUUUGAGCGCCGGUUUACUGACUUUGCGUCCAUUGAGCCUGUUGCUCAGUUUCUGUGCUUUCCAUUUGGUGAAAAUGUUGUGGAUUGCAUUGCGUCCAAAGUAGCCACACUCUUCAGCCUGGACUCCAGUGCUGUCGAGAAUGAAAUUCUCACACUGCAAAAUGACAUUGAGAUCAAAUGCAGAGCAACACCUGGGAUAACUGGCGAAUUCUGGAACCUGCUGCUGGAAGAGAAGUAUCCAAACCUCAGACAAUGCGCACUGAAUAUGACUUCCCUUUUUGGAUCAACAUAUUUGUGUGAGUCUGCCUUUUCACACAUGAAAGUCCAAGUACAGAACCACACUGACUGAUGACCACCUCGCGGCCUGCUUAAGGCUGGCACUCAACUCCUACUGUCCGGAUUACGAGAAGCUAGCUGCCUCCUCCCAGUGCCAGAAGUCCCACUAAGAUUCAUUUAAAUCCAACUGCUGGUUUCCCUGCUAUUGCCACUCUCCAGUGAAGUUUAUCAUUUUGAAAUAUUGGACUUCUCCUCCUUCCUGCUUUGAAGUUAUCUCUUCUGGUGUGUGUGUGUGUGUGUGUGUUAAUCUGUUGAAUUCAUGUUGAAUUGAUGUUUUCCAAUUUUGGAUUUCUGUUAUGGAGUUUUUGGAGUGUUCUUUUCUGUAGGUGUGUGUGUGUGUGGUUGAGAGAGAGAGAGAGAGAGAGAGAGAGAGAUGAUGUGCCUCUGAAGUUCUGUUUUGGACAACCUAUUUGUGACAUGUUGAUCAGUUCCUCAUUUUUUUGUGCAUUUAUACUGCCUAUUCUCCUCCUGUGCAAAUAAAAACUCAACUACGUGUGA